UCUUCUCUUUCUCUUGUCUUGCUGAAGUUUUGGGAUCUUACACCACAACAAACAACAACCAUAUUUUUGUCUUAUUUGUAUCAUCUGUCAUCUUAAGGAAAGUAAAAUAUUGAUUGAUCUGGAUAAUGAUGGGAGCCAAUGAUGAGAGAAGAACGCCUUUAAUGAAUCUUGGGGUUCAAGUGUCGAUGAGAGUGUUAGCCAUUGGCACUGCAUUGGCCUCCAUGGGGCUCACGAUCACUAACCAUGAAGUCGCUUCUGUUUAUGGCAUUAAUUUUGAGGCUAAAUACGACUACUCAUCUGCCUUUAGGUAUUUGGUGUACGCAGAAAUAGCUAUCGCCGGCAUGACAUUGUUUACACUCGUAUGGGCUUAUUUAGCUGUCCGUAGAAGAGGACUUGUUUUUGCACUAUUCUUCUUUGAUUUGCUAACGACGCUGACGGCUAUAUCGGCUUUCUCCGCGGCCAUGUCGGAUGGUUACAUCGGAAAGUAUGGUAAUACACACGCCGGUUGGCUUCCGAUAUGUGGCUACGUCCAUAACUACUGUAACCGUGUUACUCUCUCACUUGCAUUGGCCUUCGCAUCUUUUCUCCUCUUGUUCAUCCUUACUGUCUUAACUGCCUCAGCUGCUCGUCAUUUCUAAUUAACUUUCUUUACUUUUCGUAUUAUACAUUUGCUUUUAACUCAUGAUUUUUCAAGCUUUCUUAUAUACUUAUAAUUAUAAGAUGAAAAAUCUAAAGAAAGAAAUUGUAUGAUUCCGUGAGGUGCUUAUCCUUGAGACUCUUGUUACUUGUUAUGUUAAUUAAGUCUCGUCUUCAUUUGUUUUUAUC